UUAUCUAUCAGAUUUAUUCCAAACAAAUAGAUGAGUCCACGAUAACAAGAAGCCUUCACCUUAGUUUUCAAUGUCAACACUCUUCCUGAAAUUGUUGCGUGGAUGUCAGUCAUGCCAAACUCAAAGACUCUUAGGGUGAUUUGGCAUCUAAUUCCUAUGAUAGAACUCUGGACCAGACAAAAUGACUGAUUGUCGCAAAUGCAAUGCCAUUUAAUUAAUGAUUGAAUCAGUUGCUAUAUAACUUGUCUUUGAUUAUCAUACUAGAGUGAUGCUUGCAUGCUCUGCUCUCUCCAUUUUCUCCAAGUUGAUCUUGAAAUCAUUUACGUAAGCCCUAUCCACAAAGAUUUCACUGGAGGCUGACCUAUAACCUGUUGGAAGUCAAGAGCCCUCAGGAUUUCACGAGGGGAAGCUAAGUGCUGACAGCACAAAAUUCCCUUCAGGAGUCAAAAACUUAUCAGAUCCCUCAAAAGUCCCCAGCAAAGCAAGUUCAUCUUCAGCUCCUUCAACACUGACAGCAUACUCAACUCCUUCAACCCUGACUGUGCCUUCUUAUACUGAGAGGACUGCUAAUGGGGGUCUUCUUACACCACUAACAGAAGGUGAGAUAUUGUCCUCCUCAAAUUUGAAGGCUUUCACGUUCAAUGAUCUGAAGAAUGCCACUAGAAACUUCCGUCCGGAUAGUCUUCUCGGGGAAGGAGGAUUUGGUUGUGUCUAUAAAGGUUGGAUCGAUGAACAAAGUUUAACUGCUUCAAGGCCUGGUACCGGUAUGGUUGUUGCUGUCAAGAAGCUUAAGCCGGAGGGUUUCCAGGGCCACAAGGAAUGGCUGACAGAGGUGAACUAUCUUGGCCAGCUUCACCAUCCAAAUUUAGUUAAGCUCAUUGGUUACUGUUCAGAGGGUGACAACCGACUUCUAGUUUAUGAAUUCAUGCCAAAAGGCAGUUUGGAGAAUCAUCUUUUCAGAAGAGGUUCACAACCACUGCCUUGGGCAAUAAGGAUCAAAGUUGCUAUUGGAGCUGCUAGGGGACUCUCUUUUCUGCAUGAUGCUGAAUCACAAGUCAUAUAUCGAGAUUUUAAGGCCUCUAACAUCCUCCUUGACUCGGAAUUCAAUGCAAAGCUUUCAGACUUUGGGUUGGCAAAAGCUGGACCAACUGGUGACAGAACUCAUGUCUCCACACAAGUCAUGGGCACUCAUGGAUAUGCUGCUCCUGAAUAUAUCGCAACAGGCCGCCUCUCUGCAAAGGCUGAUGUUUACAGCUUUGGGGUUGUGUUGUUGGAGCUGUUGUCUGGACGUCGGGCUCUUGACAAAACAAAAGUAGGCAUAGAGCAGAACCUUGCGGACUGGGCAAAACCCUAUUUGGGUGACAAGCGCAAAUUAUACCGGAUCAUGGACUCAAGAUUAGAGGGCCAAUAUCCAAAGAAAGGAGCCCAUGCAGUUGCCAACCUUGCUUCGCAGUGCAUUGGCAGCGAGGCCAAACUCCGGCCUCGAAUGUCUGAGGUGUUGGCCGCGCUGGAGGAGCUGCAAGACCCAAGAAACGCAGCAGUGAUGCAAUCCCAAGCAGAUAAACGGAAAGCCUCUGGUACCACUUCAAGAUCACCUAUGAGGAGGCAUCGUACUUCACCACGACGGCCGACAAUUGGUGGUUCCCCAUUGCCAUCAUGUCAACGGUCGCCGCGUGUACAUUGAACAAGAGAGGCACAUUCAAGUGGUAUUUUCAGCGUAUAUUUGAUACUAUGUGCCUUAAUUAUUUUUUGUUUGCUUCAUGUCUGGUAAUUCACAUGCUGCAACUUACAUCUUCAAGAGAGUAAGGUCCUGGGGAAAAUGCACUUCGCAUUACCCAUUUACAGUGCAGUGUUAAUUUUGUUCAUCGGAGAACCUGUUAUCUUUCAGCGCAUUGAUGUUUAUGUAGCUUUAUUUGAUAAUAGAAAUGUUCUUGUUGACCUACAAUGGUUGUGUUUCUAGAUUUAUAUAGCAGAGAAAGCUCGAGUUUCUUGUU